GAGAGUUGCUAGCUGGGGAAUUCUUUACGCACACCUACCCACCCCUUGCACGAUCUGACAACAGUGUUCUUCCCCUGUCAGUACACAGCAGACGCAGUACUCCGUGCUGCUUGGCACUCCGUUUCUAAGACUAUUAAACCAUGAUGUUAUGAGGGUCUGACAAGUCAGUCUUUUGCAGGUCAAGUUGUUAAAUGAUUCCAUUGAUGUGUCCAUCCAGAGUCCAAGUAAAUCGAUGAUGGGGACCUGCAGUGGGCUGUUGACCCUGGUCGAGGGCAGGUGAGUGCAGCUUGGCAGCGAGUGGCUCAGGGCUUGUCGAGAGCGAGCGAGCGUGAGGAGAAAGUGAGUGAGCGAGCGCGCGCAGGUGAACGAUGGGGAACACCGCCACCAAGUUCCGCAAGGCGCUGAUGAGCGGCGACGAGAGCCUGGCAUGGCAGCUGUACGAGAGCAACCCACAGUUCAAGGAGUCGCUGGACCCCAACGCGUCCUACGGCGAGCCCUACCAGCACAACACGCCGCUGCACUAUGCCUCCCGGCACGCCAUGACGCGCCUCAUCAGGUCCUUUCUCUUCUGCAAGGAUGGGAACCCCAACAAGCGGAACGUGCACAAUGAGACCUCGCUCCACCUGCUGUGCAUGGGCCCUCAGAUCCUGCUGGCCGAGGGGGCCCUGCAGCCGCGGCUCCUGAGGCCGCUCCAGGACGAACAGCGCCGCGCCGAAUGCCUGCAGAUGGCGCUCAAGUGGACCGGCGCCAAGCUGGACGCUGGCGAGUAUGAGCGGGCCGACGUCAACACCGCCGACAACCGCAAGAGCACGUGCUUGCACUACUCGGCUGCCGGGGGCAUGAAGAUUUGCGUGGAGCUACUGGUGAAGAGUGGUGCGGACCUGUUUGCGGAGAACGAGGAGCGUGAGACGCCGUGCGACUGUGCCGAGCGGCAGCAGCACAAGGAGCUGGCCCACAGCCUGGAGUCCCAGAUGGUCUUCUCUCAGGACCCCGGCGCCCAGGACAUCGAGGCCGAGUACGCCGCGCUGGACCGGCGGGAGCCGUAUGAGGGGUUGAAGCUGCAGGACCUGCGUCGACUGAAGGACAUGUUGAUUGUGGAGACGGCAGACAUGCUGCAGGCGCCGCUCUUCACGGCCGAAGCCCUGCUGCGAGCCCACGACUGGGACAGGGAGAAGCUUCUGGAAGCCUGGAUGUCCAACGCCGAAGACUGCUGCCAGCGCUCGGGGGUCCAGAUGCCCACACCGCCCCCUAGUGGCUACAACGCAUGGGACACGCUGCCCUCCCCCCGCACCCCGCGCACCACCCGCUCCUCCGUCACCUCGCCCGAUGAGAUCAGCCUCUCCCCGGCCGAGGACGGCCUCGCUCUGUGUGGGAUCUGCAUGUGCAGCAUCUCUGUGUUUGAGGACCCGGUGGACAUGUCUUGUGGACACGAGUUCUGCCGAGCAUGCUGGGAAGGGUUUUUGAACCUGAAGAUCCAAGAGGGGGAGGCGCACAACAUCUUCUGCCCAGCCUAUGACUGCUUCCAGCUGGUUCCAGUGGAGGUCAUCGAGAGUGUGGUUUCCAGGGAGAUGGAUAAGCGCUACCUUCAGUUUGAUAUCAAGGCGUUUGUGGAUAACAACCCUGCCAUCCGCUGGUGCCCCGUGGCACGCUGCGAGCGGGCGGUGCGUCUCACCCGGCCCAGCCCCGCCUCCUCCGACCCCCUCAGCUUCCCCCUGCUGAGGGCCCCCGCCGUAGACUGUGGGAAGGGCCACCUCUUCUGCUGGGAGUGUCUGGGUGAUGCCCACGAGCCGUGUGACUGUGAGACAUGGAAGCUGUGGCUGCAGAAAGUCGCAGAAAUGAAGCCAGAAGAACUGGCUGGCGUAAACGAGGCUUACGAAGACGCUGCCAACUGCCUGUGGUUACUCACCAACUCCAAACCCUGUGCCAACUGCAAGUCGCCCAUCCAGAAAAACGAAGGCUGCAAUCACAUGCAGUGUGCCAAGUGUAAGUAUGACUUCUGCUGGAUCUGUCUGGAGGAGUGGAAGAAGCACAGCUCCUCCACAGGUGGCUACUACCGCUGCACACGCUAUGAGGUCAUCCAGCAGGUGGAGGAGCAGUCCAAGGAGAUGACUGUGGAGGCAGAAAAGAAGCACAAGAGCUAUCAGGAACUCGAUCGCUUCAUGCACUAUUACUCACGCUACAAGAAUCAUGAACACAGUUACCAACUGGAACAGAGACUCCUUAAAACAGCCAAAGAGAAGAUGGAACAACUGAGUCGAGUUUUCAUGGGAAGAGAGGGUUCUCCUCCAGACACUACUUUCAUUGAAGACGGCGUUCAGGAACUCCUCAAAACCAGACGCAUUCUCAAGUGCUCUUAUCCGUACGGGUUCUUUCUAGAACCCAAAAGCACAAAGAAAGAAAUAUUUGAACUUAUGCAGACGGAUCUGGAGAUGGUAACCGAGGACCUCGCACAGAAAGUAAACAGGCCUUACCUCCGCACCCCUCGCCACAAAAUCAUCAGUGCCGCCUGCCUGGUGCAGCAGAAGAGGCGCGAGUUUUUGGCCUCCGUGGCCCGGGGUGUGGCCCCCAAUGACUCACCAGAGGCCCCGCGCAGGAGUUUUGCCGGCGGGACGUGGGACUGGGAGUACCUGGGUUUUGCAUCCCCUGAGAUGCUGCGUGAUCCCUCCGUUGUGGGAGGGACCGGACACAGUGAGGGCUAUGAACACAUGGGAGGACAGCCGCAGGAAUACUCUGAGUUCCAGUACAGACGUAGACACAGGCAGCGUCGACGAGGCGACAUGCUGAGUCUCCACAGCCUGCGGAGCAACACACCCGACCCCAAUGACCCCAGCGACAGCACUUUAGAUGGCCCAGACGGAGGUGGAAGCAGAAGACGUCUCAACAUCUCAACAGCACUUGGUUCUCUAGAUGAGGACGACCCCAACAUCCUGCUGGCCAUUCAGUUGUCCCUCCAGGAGUCGGGGCUGAGUGGGGACACGGACACUCAGGACGGCUUGAGCAGCGACGCCUCGCUGGGAGCCAUCGGCUCCUCGCUGCCCUCGAGGCUGGACGCGGCGCCCCACGCGCUGGAGCUCCCGCGGGCCUCUCUGAGCAGCUCGCAGCUCCUAGAGAUAGGGGACAGCCUCAUGCGGCUGGGCAACAUCACCAGCCAGUACAUGCCCCCUGACAGCCUCCGACCCUACGGGGACCCCUCGUCUGCCUCCUCCUCCAUUGCCGCCACCACCGUUAGCAUUACAGACCCCUUCUCCCCCGGGGACCCCGACUGCUCAGACCCCUCGGAGAACGCCAACCUGUUGGGCAACAUCAUGGCCUGGUUCCAUGACAUGAACCCGCAGAAAAUUGCACUGAUGUCCGACGACACUGACGACACACUCCCAUUGGAUGAGGCUGAGCCCCAGUGGGAGGCCCCCGAGGUGCCGACGACACAGCCCCAGGACAAGGAGACGGAGGUGGGCAAAGACGAGGAGGAACUGUGGCCGCCCUGUCCGGUUCUGGAGGAGACGGAGGGGUUGGUGCUGGAAAGGCCUGACCUGCUGGAGCUGGGCUGCAUGGAGGAAGAGUGUUUGCAAAGCCCCACCAAGCUGAGCAUGGAGGUGGCCGCAACACUCACACCACCAGACACAGAGGGCUCGGCCCCACCUCCACAGGAGGAGGAAGAAGAGGAGGAGGAGGAGGAGGAGGAGAAGGAUGGGUGUCACCAUGACAACACUCAACCCACAGACCUGCCCUCUGAAUGGGAGGAGCAGGUGCACCUUGUGUGAUGACACAUAUACACAUACACAUACACACACACACAUACACACACAACACAUACACACACACAACACACAUAUAUGCACACACACACACACACACACAAAAACACACAAGCACUCACUGACACUGACACACUUGACCUAGUCUUGAGGGCUCCUCACACACCCAAAUGCUAACAGUCAACACUGCAUUUAAGAAACAGGAAGGAAAAGAACAUGGUGCCAAGGGGUUUCACUGAAGCCGCUCAAAGUGGACAAGAUGUCUACUGCCUGGAUUAAAAAAAAAAAAAAGUUAUUAUAGUGUUGAAAAGAAAUGUCAAGGAAUGUUAGGAAGAAUCAGGAAGUUCCACCUCUUUGGGCCCUGAGAUGCUGGACUGAGGUAGUUUCUUUGUUAAUCAUAAUUAUAGAGAAAAGGAAAGCCACGUCGGCCCUGAGGAGGCGUUUGCUCUUUUUGGUGGUCGUGGUGGUGUGAGUGUGAGCGAAGCGGGAUUGCUUAUUUUAAUUGAGAAUGCAUCAAUGACAUCUUUCAGGUCACUCAAGACAAGUGCUUCGGUCUCCAGACUUGAGCGAAAUAACCCUUGCUAAUACUGACUUUAAUUGAAGUGGUCUCAGGCAGCCAUUCAUAAAGCCUUAAUAAACACUUCACAAGAUGUUAUAACAGUUGCCACAAGUAUGCAGCGGUAACAUACCAUCGGCAUCAGUGUAGAAAAGCCAGACUGAUGCACUUUUUUACACUUUUUUUUCCGCCUUGAAACAGCUCAGCUUAUGAGUGGGUGUCCCGUGUCUUAGGCAUGCUUGUAGCGUGUUAUAAGAUACUCCACAGUGUUUUCAGGCGCUUUAUGAAUGGUUACAGUGGAGCACCUUGAGUUAAAGUACUGCUCAUGUUUUCAUCGUGUGCUCUCCCUGAUGUUGCAUUUUAGUAUUUCUGUCAUUUCUCUCCCUCACAAAUAUGAUUAUGCUAUAGUGUGUGUGUGGGGGUGUGUGUGGGGUGGGGGGGAUUGGUGUGUUAGUGAGGCAUGGGUUAUGUGACAGAAAUAGACAGUAGACUGAUGUGUGUGUGUGUGUGUGUGUGUGUGUGUUGUGAGUGUGCAUGUCAGAGAAAGAGGUGGUGUGUGCGUGUGUGUGCACAUACGCACACGCACACUGCUUGAGAGGGUUUAAGUGUGUUGUACCCAUCCACCUUGCUAGGAUGUCACUCCUUCAACAUUUCUGCUAACCCACACAACUUCCUCUGUCACACAGCCUUGAUAAAUGUGUCAUAAGCAUAUCCAAGCAUUUAAAAAUCAGACACCUUAAUCCUGUCGAUGCGCGUGGGAUGUAACCUGGCUUGCUAAAGUAACCUCUUCUUAAACUGUGGUGCCAGGCUUAUGACUCGCAUAGAGAGGCCUGGUGACGGAGCUUGUUAAGUAAAAGUGUUAAGAAUCUCUUUUUUAUUAUGAUUAUUAUUUUUCGCCGAGGCCAGAUUGAAGAAACACUACAAACAGUGCUGCAGGAACAGCAGUUUAUGACACAAAUUGUGCCUAGUUCUUUUUUUUUUUGCUGAGAGCCAAUCAAACUCUACCCACACCCAGACAUCCCAUUAUCCUGUUUUCAUUUUUAUAAUAUUAUAUUUUAUUCUAUUCGAUGCAAACCGAGAUUUUUUUGCGCAUAAACCUUACGACGGUUCCCAUCCGAAACCGAGGAGGGUAAAUGCAUACUGACAUGUUAGUGAAUUAUAUCUCCCCUUUGCCACUUUGUCUCUGAUGUACUGUAUUCACCCAUAGAGAAUGGAAACAUGAGGAUGUCUCUGGAGUGUGUACGCGGUGGGUUGGGGAACAAUUUUUGCUGCUCUUCAGACAUGCUUAUAAGGCUGUACCCAUAAGUGUGCCUUUAUUUCUACUGUCCUCAAAGUAGGCUCCUUACCAUCCCCUCCAAUAACCUGUCCCAGUAGCGUGGUAAUGAAAUGGACUUGGCCACUUCAUGGUAACGGCAGAUGCUCAAUUGAGUAUUAAAAAUGAUAUUCCUACUCCCCUCCAUUUUGUCGUCUCACUGUAGCAUAGUAGCAUUUUUUAUUAAUUUUUUUUUUAUUACGUUCACACCUUUUAUAGCUUUUUGGUUAGAAUGAGCCAACUAAUGGCCCAGCAGACGCUCAUCCAUAUAUAGCAUCUCUGUUUUGGUCUGGUUGAUUUUUACUGCAGAAGCCUGCAUACAGUUAUCUGAUCGAGCGAGGACAUUAAAGAAUAAGUGCUUUUUGAAGAAGUAGUUUAAUUUAACUUAAUUUAAUGCAUAAUGUAAAAUGAAUAGGUAACAGACAUUAUAAUUUGCAUUAUUUAUUUACGACAUCUGAGUUCCCUUCUAAUUUUGAUUAAAAUAAAUAAAUAAUAAUAAAUAAAAAAAACGUUUUUUUAAAUAUAUAAUGGUUAUCUACAUAUAAAGAUUCACAUAUUGUGAAUGGACCUUUUAAAUUACAAAAAACUGAGGUUGUGCAUUCACCGUUUGCUGUUCUGGGAUUGGUCUCCAAAUCAGUUUGUCGGAGUGUGUCCUUAAAUGCCUAGAACUGCAGUAGGACAGUUUUGCACCAUGUUAGGUAGGAGUGCUUAUCUAUCUUAUAGCUGGUAAUCAUUGAGAGUUAUUUUAUUUUAUUUUCUCUUCUCACUCUCUGUAUCACUGGUUGGGUUUCAGCAGCUGUAUUCAUCCUUUAACCAAAUGUUAUGCCCAGGGGAAGAGAAGGAUGGCAGUACCUGUUUGCUACUGAAUUUAAAUCAAGAGGCAAUGGCGGUGGCAUAUUUUACAAAUCCAUUAACAUUUUUUCAUCUUUAGGCAAAUCAUUAACCUUGAAUUUGUCAUUUGCACUUUCAUAGACUAUACUUGAUACAUUCCCAAUUUAUAUUAAAGUAAGCAAUUUUUGAUGUGUGGCCAAUAUGUGAAAGUACCAGUAAAGGUUUACUCUAAUGAAAAACCAA